AGAGCACGACGGGGAGGGGGUGGGGCCUGCGCGACCGUUUCCCGUUGAAGUUCUUUUGAGAAACGUAGCGCGGCGACCGUCGGUUGCAAUCUCAUACUUUUCAAUUAAACUGACUGGAAAGUAGGAAUCUGGAUACUGUUCUCUAAGAAAAAACCCAUUAGUUUGGAACUGGAGGAUUUCUUUGCAUCAGAUAGUAAGAUGAAAGAAUCAACAACAGAUGGUGAAUGUGACAAGGCAGUGGCACCACAGCUGAAGAGGCUAGAUGAAAUUAAGGCAGAACCUGACAAUGCUCAGGAGUAUUGUCAAGCCCAACAGCCCAGAACUCAGGAGAAUGACCUGAAAAUAAACACUACGUUUUCAGACAAUGCUUCUCAGAUGACUACAGGCAUUCAGCUUUCUCUGGCAUCAUCUGGCAUGAAUAAGAUGCUUCCCUCAGUUUCAACCACAGCUAUUCAGGUUUCCUGUUCUGGCUGUAAAAAAAUUCUUCAAAAGGGGCAAACUGCUUAUCAGAGGAAAGGGUCUACUCAGCUUUUCUGCUCCACACCGUGCAUCACUGAAUACAUUUCAUCUCUCAAUUCACCAGCUCUUCCGAAGAGAACUUGUUCAAACUGCUCAAAAGACAUUUUAAAUCUAAAGGAUGUGAUCAGUAUCCAGCUGGAAGAUACUACCACUAGCAAAACUUUUUGCAGCCAAUCUUGUCUUUCAUCAUAUGAAGAAAAAAGAAAACCAUUUGAUACCAUAUGUACUAAUAGCAUUCCAGCCAAGUGCAGCAUGUGUCAGAAGACUACUGUUAUUCAGUAUGAAGUAAAAUACCAGAACAUGAAACGUAGUCUUUGCAGUAAUGCCUGUUUUUCAAAGUUUCACUCUGCUAACAACCUCAUCAUGAACUGUUGUGAGAACUGUGGAGCUUACUGUUCCACUAGCUCUAGUCUGUUCCAUAUACUUCACAUGGAAGCACAGUCUCAUUACUUUAAUAGUUCAAAGAGUAUUACAGCACAUAAGCAGAAACCAGCCAAAACACUUACAUCUGUUCUUUGCAAAUCAUUGAAACCCUCAGACGAAAUGAUUGAGACUACCAAUGACUCGGGGAAGACAGAGCUUUUCUGCUCUGUUCAUUGUUUCUCUGCUUACAGUAAAGCUAAGAUGGAAUCUUCUACAGUAAAUGUUUCCAUGGUGCAUGAUGCUUCAACAGAUCUCCUUUCUCCGAAGAAAGAUACAACUCCAGUUAUAAGCAAUAUAGUGUCAUUGGCAGAUACUCAUGAAGCCCUGCCCGUCAUGAACUCUGAUGAAUUACAAGGUACAGUUUCUUCAGUAACAGCAAAUGUCGUUGAGGAUAUUUCUAAGACUUCACCCAGUGAAUCAAGUAAUGGUGUUGCUAAUAGUAAUGUGGAACAGCCAAGCCUUUCACCAUCUUCAUCAGUACUCAGUCAGCAUACAACUGGCUCCAGUAUAGAAGUACAAAAAGAUCAUGUGUCAAACCAAGAUGCUACAAACAGUAUGAAAUCCAUGAAAAUAAGCGAUGGACUACGUCACCCAAAAUUUACAUCCAAAGUACAAAAAGUUAAAGGUAAAUCACGAAGUAUUAAAAAAUCUUGGUGUUCAAAUUUUCAGCAAUUAGAAAACAGUAUUAAAAAGGAUGUGAUAUUCUGUUAUUCGUGUCAGUUGUUCUGCCAAAAAAAAUUUAGCUAUGGAGGAGAGUCAUUUGCAGCCCAAGGGAUUUCCAAUUGGAAAAAAACUCUGGAAAAAUUCAGAAAGCAUGAAAAAAGUGAAAUGCAUUCAAAGUCAUUGCAGUUUUGGAGGGAAUACCAGUUUUGUGAUGAAGCUGUUAAUGACAGUUUAUCUAAUCAUUCAAAACAGAUUGAGGGUAAUAAAAAGUACCUAAAGCUUAUAAUUGAAAAUAUUUUAUUUCUUGGAAAGCAGUGUUUACUCUUAAGAGGAAAUGACCAGUCUGUUUCACCUGUGAAUAAAGGCAAUUUUUUAGAAUUGUUAGAAAUCCGAGCAAAAGAUAAAGGAGAAGAAAUAUUUCGACUUACGAAUUCACAAGUUGACUUCUACAAUAGUACACAAAUUCAAAAUGAUAUUAUUGAAAUAAUAAAGACUGAAAUGUUACAAGAUAUUGUAAAUGAGAUCAAUGUCUCCUCAGCUUUUUCAAUAAUAUGUGAAGAAACAACUGAUAGUGCCACUAAAGGACAAUUCUCAAUUUGUGUAAGAUACCCACAGAAAACAUCAAAGGCUAUAUUAAUUAAAGAAAGAUUUUUGGGUUUCAUAGAUGUUGAAGAGAUGACUGGGACCAACUUACACAGGAGUAUUAAAACUUACCUGCAGCAAAUUGGAGUUGAUUUGGAUAAAAUACGAGGCCAGGCCUAUGAUAGCACCAGUAAUUGGAGGGGAAAUUUUAAUAAAAUUGCAGCAGAAUUCAAGAAGGAAGAGCCAAGAGCUUUAUACCUGCAUUGUUACGCACAUUUUUUGGAUUUAGCAGUGAUUAGGUUUUGCAAAGAAGUAAAAGAGCUCCGAAGUGCUCUAAAUACUCUCAGUUCUUUGUUCAGCACUAUUCAUGGGGAAAUGUCUGUAAAUUUUCAAAACAUUUAUAAGCUAAGUCAAAAUAAAACAUGCAAGAAACAUACAUCACAAUCAUGUUGGACAGUCCAUGAUCGUACGUUACUAUCUGUGAUUGAGGGUCUUCCAGAGGUUAUUGAAACACUGGAAGUUCUAUCAAGCCAUUCCUCAAACACAAGUUUAGCUGAUGAAUUGAGUGAUUUGUUGGCAUUGGUUUCCAAAUUUGAGUUUAUCUUUUGUUUGAAAUUUCUUUAUCGAGUACUAAGUGUUACAGGAAUUCUUUCCAAAGAGCUUCAAAGUGAAACCAUAGACAUUUUUUCUUUGUCUUCAAAAAUAGAAGCAAUUUUGGAAUGUUUAUCAUCUGAAAGAAAUGAUAUUUAUUUCAAAACUAUCUGGGAUGGAGCAGAGGAAGUAUGUCAAAAAAUAACCUGUAAAGGUUUUGAAGUUGAAAGGCCUUCAUUUCAGAAAAGAAGAAAAAUUCAGAAAACAAUAGAUCCUAGCAAUUCAGACAGUAUGUUUUUUCCUACCUCAACAGAAGAACAAUAUAAAAUUAAUAUUUAUUACCAAGGCUUGGAUACUAUAUUACAAAAUUUAAAAUUGUGUUUUUCAGAGUUUGAUUAUUGUAAAAUGAAGCAGAUUUCAGAACUGUUACUUAAAUGGAAUGAACCGUUAAAUGAAGCAACAGCUAAAGAUGUCCAAGAAUUUUAUAAACUUGAUGCAGACAUCAUCCCAGAACUUAGAUUUUAUCGGCAAUAUGCAAAGCUCAACUUUGUCCUAGAUUAUGAUUGCAUCAGCUUCAGCAAUCUUGGCCAUUUGUUUAUUCAGCAUGGUCUUCACAAUAAUAUUCCUUGCAUAUUAAUGCUAUUAUAUAUUGCUUUGUCUUGGCCAGUUACUUCAGCAAGUGUUGAAAAUUCAUUUUCUACACUGUCUCGUCUUAAAACAUAUUUAUGUCAUACCAGGGGACAAGAAAAGCUUAGUGGCUUAGCCCUAAUGGCUGUUGAGCAGGAAUUGGUAAAUAAACUGAUGGAACCUGAAAGACUCAGUGGAACUGUGGAAAAGUUUAUCCUACAGGUGAAAGAAAUAUAAUGCUUGCUAACUUGAAUUUACCUGAAAGAAUUUUGUAUUUCUGUUGGAUAUCAGUUUUUAUUUCAAAUUUUUGUCUUUUAAGAAAAAAAGUUUUUUCAUCCGAACAUGUAACAUUCACUUGGUUCAGAAUUCAUGACACAGGAUGAUAUACAGUGAAAAGUCUCCUUCCCUUUUUUAGUACCCAGUUUCCCCUCCCAGAAGUAUUAUCUGUUUUUAAAAUAUCCUUCUGGAGAUACUUAAUCAUAAAUGUACUGUGCAGUGUACAUUGUUCUUCAGCCUGCCGUUUUCAGUUAACAUGAUUUUUUGAGAUUGUCCCAUAUCAGUACAUAGAGUUUCUUGAUUCUUUUUUUAAUAACUGCGUAAGAUUUAAUUGUAUGGAUGUACCAUAAUAUAUUGGAGCAGUCCCUACUGACAAACAUUUUCUUUCCAGUCUCUUACUAUUGCAAAUAAUGCUGCAUUUAAUAACCUUGUACAUAGAUAAUGUUGCACAUUAGUGAGUUGUUGUGAGAUAAAAUUUUAAACUGAAGUUAUUAGGUCAGAAGAUUUGUACAUUUUUAUUUUUCAUAGAUAUUGGCAAAUUGCUUUCUAUAAGGAUUGUAUCAUUUUAUACUCCCACCAACAAUGUGUGAGAGUUCCUAUUUCCUCGAAUCUUUAUAAAGUAUUAACAAACAUUUUGAUCUUUGCCAGUCUGUUAGUUGAAUAAUGAUAUGUUAAUCUCCGUGGAGAUUAAAUCUCAAUAGAAUUUUUUAUUUUCACUUAAGAAUAAGGUUGCGUAUCUGCUUGAGCCAUUUGUAUUUCCUUUUCUGUGAAAUCUCAUAUAUUAAACAUUAAAACUCUAAAUAUU